CAAUCCCGUGCUCAGCCCCCUCUCCGGUGCUCAGCCCCGCCGGUGCUCGGCGGCCCCCGGCCCGGCGGCGGCUGAUGGAGCGCAGCCUGCAGCACCCGCUGUUCGCAAUUUAAAACGGGUGCGACGCCGCAAGAGCAGAGGCGUUCCUUCCUCGACGGCCAAGUGUCACACGGAUCCGCAAGCGGGAGCUCCGACAAAAGUGUGAAUCUGCAACCUUAAAUGUGGAACAAAAAGAAUUUUCUGCCUUAUGAAGCCCAAGAGCAGAUGUUGCAAUCCUUACUUGCCUACACCGAGUAGUAAUUAUUCAAAUAAGCCUGUGCUGGAUACUCGUGAACUGAUAUUCAAUGGCUAGAAACAGAACUGACAAGUGGCUGAAAUGAAUACGACUAUCAUCCUACAAGAGAUUUUGAUUAAAAGAUCACAGCAGAAGAAGAGGACUUCUCCCUUAAACUACAAAGAGAGGCUUUUUGUACUUACAAAGUCUAUGCUAACAUAUUACGAAGGUCGAGCGGAGAAGAAGUACAGGAAAGGAUCUGUGGAUAUUUCAAGGAUUAAAUGUGUAGAAGUUGUAAAAAGUGAUGGUAUUACUCCCUGUCAAAAUAAAUAUCCAUUUCAGGUUGUAUAUGAUGCUAAUACGCUUUAUAUUUUUGCACCAAGUGCACAAAGCCGGGAUCAGUGGGUGAGGAAUCUGAAAGAAGAAAUAAAGAAAAACAGCAAUAUAAUGGUAAAAUAUCAUCCUAAAUUCUGGACAGAGGGAAUUUAUCAAUGCUGCAGACAGACAGAAAAAUUAGCACCUGGAUGUGAAAAGUAUAAUCUUUAUGAAAACAGUGUCAUGAGAUUGCCUUCUCCAAUGCCAGAAAAAAGUGCACGAAGGCCUCCACCACCUGUUCCUCCAGUUGAAGAAAAUGGCAAUGAAGAGGAGGAGAUAGUGGUAGCAAUGUAUGACUUUGAGCCUACAGAACAUCAUGAUUUAAGAUUAGAGAAAGGUGAAGAAUAUACAGUGAUUGAGAAGAACGACAUUCACUGGUGGAAAGCGAGAGAUAAAUAUGGAAAACAGGGAUAUAUUCCAAGUAACUAUGUAACAGGAAAGAAGUCCAACAACCUUGAUCAAUAUGAGUGGUACAGCAGAAACCUGAACAGGAGCAAGGCAGAGCAGCUCCUCAGAAAUGAGGAUAAAGAAGGUGGUUUUGUGGUGAGAGACUCAAGUCAGCCUGGCCUGUAUACAGUUUCCCUUUAUACAAAAUUUGGAGGAGAAGGUUCAUCAGGAAUAAGACACUACCAUAUAAAAGAAACAGUGACAUCACCAAAGCAGUACUACCUCGCAGAAAAACAUCUCUUUAACUCCAUUCCAGAAAUAAUUGAGUAUCAUAAACAUAAUGCAGCAGGUCUCGUUACCAGGCUGCGUUACCCAGUGACCCCAAAGAAGACAACAGCACCAACAACAGCAGGAUUCAGCUAUGAGAAAUGGGAAAUCAACCCCUCAGAACUGACGUUCAUGAGAGAACUGGGGAGUGGUCUGUUCGGCGUAGUGCGCCUUGGGAAAUGGAGGGCACAAUAUAAAGUGGCCAUCAAGGCAAUUCGGGAAGGUGCAAUGUACGAAGAGGAUUUCAUUGAAGAAGCUAAAGUAAUGAUGAAGCUAACACAUCCUAAAUUAGUUCAGCUGUAUGGUGUGUGCACACAACAGAGACCUAUUUACAUCGUGACGGAGUUCAUGGAGCAUGGCUGCCUUCUCAAUUACCUGAGACAAAAACGGGGAGUUUUGAGUAAAGAUGUCCUGCUCACUAUGUGCCAAGACGUAUGUGAGGGAAUGGAGUACCUGGAGAGAAACAGCUUUAUCCACAGAGACCUGGCUGCCAGGAACUGCUUGGUGAGUGACUCAGGAGUGGUCAAAGUAUCGGAUUUUGGAAUGACAAGGUAUGUUCUUGAUGAUCAAUACACAAGCUCCUCAGGGGCUAAAUUUCCUGUGAAAUGGUGCCCCCCAGAAGUUUUUAAUUAUAGUCGGUUCAGCAGCAAGUCGGAUGUCUGGUCAUUCGGUGUUUUAAUGUGGGAAGUAUUUACAGAAGGAAAAAUGCCCUUUGAAAAAAGCUCCAACUAUGAAGUGGUAACAAUGGUUAGCCAAGGACAUCGUUUGUAUCGGCCCAAACUAGCCUGUAAGCAGGUGUAUGAAAUGAUGAUGAUGUGCUGGCAGGAGAAACCAGAGGGACGCCCAACUUUUGAAGACUUGCUUCACACAAUCAUUGACAUUGCAGAGGGUGAAGAUGCAUUCUGAAAAAAAAAAACAGCAGCACAAGUACAGGAAGGAAGCCACUUUCCAGAGAUGUGGCUUCACCAUUUCUUUACAAAAGCUUGAUCCUGUAAGCUGCUGGAUGCUUCUGAACAACGUGGGGAACACGUAACAUCUGAUUCACUCCAGCACAAGGAGAGUUUUACAUGAUGGUGGGAAAUGGGCACAGUAUCUUCAGCAAUACCAGCAGUCUCUAUAUUUUCUCUGAAAAGUCAGCACUGCAUAGCUGGCAAGUUGAGCUCUUUAUGGAGGAAGAGAGAGAAUGUGGCCAAAGCCCAGCAGCCUAAUUUGCAUUUAAUGGGCUAGGUUCAUGUACAUACAGUCCACAUUUCUGAGUUUCUCUCUCUUUACACAGGCAAUAGUAUUAGUAGUGAUUUGCAUGCUUAAAAAUUGAAGGUAUCUAUAAAUGGCUAUUUACUGACAUUGAAAUGUUUCCAGAGAUCCUCCAGAAACAUUGUUUUUCUCAGUUGAUGGGUGUUUUAUGACACAUCAAAAAACACAAAAAGUGCCUCUCUCAUUUGCACAGAGUAGGUUGUUAACAGCACAGUCGAACACUCACAUACACAGCCAUGGUAACACUCAAAAAGCUUUGCUUCAGAACUGAGUUGUGAUAUGCCCCAAGCCCUUCUAGGCUGUUUGGUCAACCAGAGACCUCAUACUGUUAGUCUUGACAUUACUCAUGAAAAAUAAGUCCAAGAUUCAUCACAACUGUCUGUCAGUGUACCAUAGUACCUUGGUUUGGAUUAAUUAUAAAAUAAUUUAUAUGUUGUAUGUAUUGUAAAUAUAUAAAUUCCAUGCAUUUAUUUAUAUAAAGUGUGUUUUCCUCUUGAAAUUUUCAAGCACAAGUUUGUCCUGCCUUUGCUUACUUACACAACUCAAUACAUGGGUUUGUAAAUGAGUGAAAGUAAGCUCUCAAGUGUGUUUAAGGAGGGCUUCUCUUUCUGUCUGUUACUUAUAUGUACAGCAAUCUAACCUUUCUGUUCUUAACAGAAAAUGUCAUAGUACACAUGUAUGUAAAUAAGCUAAAUGCUAACUGUUGUUUGGAACCGACUACUAUGUUGCCAAUAAUUUGCUGUUAGUGCAUUAUAAGCCAAACUCAUCAUUCAUGUGAAUAUGGUGUUAUAAUAGUCCGUGUGUGUGUAUACAUAUAUAUCUGUGUAUACACACUCUAUACUAAAUACGUAUAGUAGUAUGAAUAUAAGUUUAAAUUAACUUGGCCAUGAGGAAAUGUUCAUUGCAGAAACGCCUAAACUCUCUUCAGAAGUUACAUGCCCUGUCCCCCAUGCUAGAGGCUAAUAUCUCCACAGCCCUGCUGAAGCCUGUUUCAAUUAAUCUAACUGAUACCAGUGAAUAUGAGUAUUUGCACUUCAGCUUUGCUCUAGCCACCUCCUCAGUAACUCUAUUAUGUGGGGUUUUUUUUGUUACUUGUGCUGUUAUGCCAUGUGUAAUAGAAAACAGACUGCACAAAAAUGUACUUUUUAAAAUUUUUUUUGCAGGUAGGCACAGAGGAGUAUAGGGCUGUUUAUUUCCAAUCAAAUUAUUAAAGGUAACUAUAGUUAGCUUACUUCAAUGCAACAAUGGAAUGUAUUAUUUCUGUAAUCAAUUUUGGAGAUGCUUAGAUCCCUGCACUGCUUUGUCUAAACCUUUAUGUUUAAAAGGAGGAAACCUCUUGUUUCUUGGAAGAAGUGCUUUCCUAUUCUCAUACUAUUCCACUGAAAAAUUACUGGUUGUCAGAAAAGGUUUAAAUAGCUAUUUCAUUUUUCUUAAUGGCAAAGUCUCAGAAGAUUAUCACAACUAUGCAAACCACCCUGUCAAAGUGUUGAGUCCAAACCACUACCCAAUCAAUACCAGCAGCAUGUAUUAUUAAAGGGGAAAAUCUAGGGGUUUCUACCUGUAGUAGAACAAGGACUGUGGAAGAUCUAAGGUAAGCCAACCUCAUCUUUCCUUCCCUUAUUGUUCCUUUGCACCCCAGUUUCUCAGUGGAGACCCUGCAAAGUAUGGUGCUGCCAAUACUUUUGACAAUACAGCAUGAAAAAUUCUAUAGUAAUGCUUCCCUUAAAACACAAAUAAAGCAUGGGAAAAUCA